AUGUCUUUUGGUGGUACUUUUAGAAAGACACGUCUUUCUGUACUACUCUCGGCUAUUGCCAGGGAAGUAAAGUCCCAACUCAGUCGAGCCAAUGAUAAUAAUACUGAAAUAGUAUUAUAUGGUUUAAUUUAUUGGUUCCGAGUUUGGGAUCAUAAAUACCGUUUAAAGUAUUCGGACCAAAUGAAUAAAUGGCUUGACUACAUAAUGGUGGAUAUUUAUUCCACUGUUAUGGAUUGUGGUCCUCUUUUAUUCCUGCUUAAUACACUUUAUUCUGGCAGGUAUAUUCCUGAUAUUGAUCAUUUUAAUUGA